AUUUAUUCUUUGCCAGCUUUUGUAUUUUUCCCCCAAAUCUGUUGGCCCUAACCGCCAUUGAUUCAUAGGAUUCUCUCCAAAACCUCCGUCCGCUCCUGCGUUCAGAAAUUGAUUGAAUGUUCCUGAAUUGCUGAAAUUGCUUGUAGGUCAACGACAUGUCGUCUAAACAAGAAGCAGCUCAGGAUGCUGCCGAAAGAAUCAAGGCUGCGGCAUUAUCUGCUGCCAAGGGUCUUGGCCGGCCUCAGGCAGAGCGCGCAGCUGCAGCGGCUGCACGCAAUGUGAAUGCCUAUGGACAGAAGGAAGAAGGGCCGAGUAGAUGGCAAGAAAGGAAAGAAGCUAAGAGACAAAUGUACCUGAACAGUACUGAGAAACAAGUAAUUUUGGGCGAAAGAAAGGCCGUUAAAGGUUCGCUGGCUGCUCCUGGUUCUGCUGCUCAAUGCCAGAAGUGUUUCCAAACUGGGCAUUGGACGUACGAAUGUAAAAAUGAACGGGUUUAUAUAUCACGCCCAUCUCGUACACAGCAGUUGAAGAACCCCAAAUUAAGGAUGAAGGUGUCAAUUUCCUAUGAUUUGGAUGAUAAGGAUGUUGAAAAGGAUGGGAAGAGCGUUAAGUCAUCCAAGAAGAAGAGUAAGAGGAAGCAUAAAUCGGAUACAGAAUCUGGUUCUGAUAGCGAGGCUUCGGUUUUUGAGUCUGACAGUGAGGCAUCAUCAGUCACGGGGUCCGACUACUCUUCUGCUGAGAGCGGAUCAAGUGAUAGUUCAUCUACAGAUUCAGAGGAAGAAAGGAGGAGAAAGAGGAAGAAGAAGAAGCAUCAGCAAAGGAAGAGAAGGCACCACCGCAAGUAUAGUUCAUCGUCCGAGUCUGGAUCUGAUUCAUAUUCAGAUUCUGAAUCUGAUUCUGAAGAAAGAAGUAGCAGGAGAAAGGCUAAGAAGAGGCACAGCAAGAGGCGAUGA